AUGUUCACCCAAGCCAUCCUCUUCAUCCUCCUGUCUCUGCUACUCUCCUAUCUCUUGAACCGGGCCCAGCACUUGCGCUUCAAGCAGUAUGGCAACUGGCCACAGCUCACCCCGUCCUUCAUUUGGGGGCAUAUGAAAGUGAUCAACGAGUUUAUUGUCCGGGGUGAGAGAAAGAGGCAUAUUGACAUCGUGUUUCGCGAGAUCCAGGGAUAUCUGGACAACCCUCCUCUGGUUCUAUAUGAUCUCCGCCCCUUGCAGUAUCCGUUAUGCGUGGUCGGAAACCAUGAGGUUGCAGAACAAGUAUCCCGGAGUACCAAGAGUUUCCCGUAUGGCAUGGGAAAGUCGCCGUGGAUGAGAGCGCUAGAGCCUUUGUUGGGGCCCUAUUCUAUUAUCACGUCUGAGGGAGAGCAAUGGAAGGCUCUGCGCAAGCGAUUCAAUCCGGGAUUUGCGCCUCAGCACCUUUUGACUCUGCUACCAUGCAUCCUUGACAAAACAAUGCGGUUCACCGAGAUUCUUGAUGGUUAUGCUCGCAGUGGAGAGGAGUUCUCGCUCAACGACCGAUGCAUCGGCCUUGUCUUCGAUAUCAUUGGCGCAGUGAUCAUGGACAAAGACUUCCACGCUCAACAUGAUGUCAGCAAGCAGGAUGAACUCGUCCGCCUCUACCGAGAGCUCACAGCCACAUACCGCAGUGGUAGUAGCGUACAAUAUGUCUCGCUGAACCCGCGUGUGAUCCGGCAGCGUCGAGCACUGACUCGGCGCAUUGAUGGUCUGGUAAUAGAUCACGUCAAAAUCAAGUUCGCGGAGCUCAAAGCCCAGUCAAACGAGAAACCUUCUCGUAGUGUUCUCGCACUAAGCCUGCAAGACAUCAACAUCUUGAACGAUCGGGUCCUCCAGGAGACGUGCCAUCAGCUGAAGAGUUUCCUUUUCGCUGGACACGAUACCAGCAGCAUUCUGCUGGAGUGGGCUUUUUAUGAGCUCAGUCGCACCCCGCGCGCGCUGGAUACGCUUCGUCGCGAGUUAGACAAUAUUUUCGGACCGGAUUCAUCCCCCGCCGUCGUGCAGGAGAAGCUGCUCGCUCCGGGCGGGGAUGGACUCCUCAAACGAAUGUCAUAUACUUCUGCUGUCAUCAAGGAAAUCCUGCGGUUGUACCCGCCCUCGGGAUCGGCGAGAUAUAUGCCCCCUGGCACGGGGUUCAACGUUCAGUUGCCGGAUGGAAAGACACUAUGUCUGGAUGGGGUUAUCAUCUACAACUGUACAACGCUUGUUCAACGAGACGAAGCGGUCUAUGGACCAACGAAAGAUGAGUUUCUGCCGGAGAGGUGGCUUGGAUAUAUAGACACCGGGCUGGGCUUGCCGAUGGAUAAUCUGGAUGAUACAGGGAACGGUCCGGUCGCAGCCGAUCGAGUCCCUGCCACUGCGUGGAGGCCAUUCGAGCGGGGUCCACGCAGCUGCAUCGGACAAGAGUUAGCCAACCUCGAGGCACGAGUAAUCCUGGCAUGUACCGCAAGACGAUUCGAUUUUAUGAAAGUGGGAUUAGGGGCGGUUGCGCGGGACAGCACCGGUGCGUUUAUUCUGGACGCUAAGGGGCAGUAUGAGGUUGAAUCGGAGUUGUUCAAUACCAUGCAGGUCACCGCUAAGCCGGUCGAUGGGACGAUGAUGAAAGUCCGUGUUGCCGAGCUGUCGAACUGAGCUCGAUGUUUAAAACAGGAUCGUUAUUACUAAGGG